AUGUCCUGCUACGACCUGUGUCCCCCCACCUCCUGCGGGCCGACCCCCCUGGCCAACAGCUGCAACGAGCCCUGCGUCAGGCAGUGCCAGGACUCCACCUACGUCAUCCAGCCCUCCCCCGUGGUGGUCACCCUGCCGGGACCCAUCCUCAGCUCCUUCCCCCAGAACACCACCGUGGGAUCCUCGGCCUCUGCAGCUGUCGGGGACGCUCUCAGCGCUGGGGGGGUCCCCAUCAACUCUGGCAGCUCCUCAGGACUCGGCACCCUUGGCUACUCAGCUCUGGGUGGCCUCUACGGGAGGUCCUCCAGGCGCUACAAUCGCUGUGGGCCAUGA